GAGAAAUAAACCUAAAUACCUACGUAUUUCCAAAUUCACAAACAUUUGAAAGUUCAUAUGAAGGCAAAGAAAGUCUUAGGUAUAAAGAAAAAAAUCAAAAAAAAAAUUUACAUCAUUUUCAUUAAUGAGGAGUCUCUUGGUUCUCCUCAUAAUACAAAUUAAUUUCUGCUUAAGAAGCAUGAAUCACAAGAUAACAAUAAAGGAUAAGAUUUAUAACCACCAGGGAGCAUGUUAUCAUUUCUAUUGAAUGAAAAGAAGGUUGGUCAUUAAUCAUCUAUUACUAACAAUUUCGACUUAAAUAAAGAAUCAUAAGAACUGUCUUAAGUCCCUAAUAAUUAAUACUAAAUUUGA